AUGGCGGCGGCGCUGGAGCAGCAGACCGACGCGGAGGUGGUGGGGGAGGGCCUGGCAGUGCUGCGCCAGCUGUACGGCGCCGCCGUGCCCGACCCCAUCCAGGUCACCGUCACGCGCUGGGCAGCCGACCCCUUCUCCCGCGGCUCCUACUCCUUCUUCGCCGUGGGCAACCCCAAGAGCAUCACCGCCGAGCUGGAGGCCCCCGUGGGCCGCCUGCUGUUUGCCGGGGAGGCCACCAGCGACAAGCCCGCCACCGUGCUGGGCGCCUAUCUGAGCGGGCUGCGCGAGGCGAAGCGUGUGCUGGGUCUGCUGGGGGUGGACGGCGGUUAUGCCUCCCCCGCCGCCGAGGCCUCCAUCUAG